GAAAGCGGUCGUGCAAAUUGUCUCCUCCAUAUGGCUCGACUUCUAAGAGUAGGAGGGCAAGGUCUGGUAUAUGCGUGGGCUAUGGAACAGGUUGAAGGCUCGACAGGAUCGAGGAAAUUCUCGAGCCAGGACGUGUUGGUCCCAUGGCAUCUGCAGAAGAGAUAUGAGACCAGCAAGGAUGGGGAAA